AUGCUGGAUACUCCGAAGAGCGUCUCAGUAUCAGUGAGCCCCUCUGGUGAAAUAGAGGAGGGCAGUUCAGUGACUCUGACCUGCAGAAGUGAUGCCAACCCACCAGUGCAGAGAUACGCCUGGUUUAAGAAGACUGGAUUUGCAUUCUCGAGGAGAGGAUCAGAACAGAGUUACACCAUUAAUAAAAUCAAAUCUGGGGAUGCUGGAGAAUACUACUGUGAGGCAGAGAAUGUGAUUGGGACAGAAAGAUCUCCUCCUAAACGUCUUGAUGUGCAGUAUCCUCCUAAGAACGUCUCAGUAUCAGUGCCCCCCUCUGGUGAAAUAGUGGAGGGCAAUUCAGUGACUCUGACCUGCAUGAAUAAUGCCAACCCACCAGUGCAGAGAUACACCUGGUUUAAGAAUAAUAGAGCUGUAUCCUCAGAGACAGGAGGACCAGAGGACAGGUACACCAUUAAAAGCGUCACAUGGCAGGAUGCAGGAGAAUACACCUGUGAGGCAGGGAAUGGGAUUGGGACAAACAUCUCUCCUCCUAAACAUCUUGAUGUGCAGUAUGCUCCCAAGAACGCCUCAGUAUCAGUGAGUCCCUCUGGUGAAAUAGUGGAGGGCAGUUCAGUGACUCUGACCUGCAGCAGUGAUGCCAGCCCACCAGUGCAGAGAUACACCUGGGUUAAGAAGAAUGACACAGGAGUCUGGCAG